AUGUCUUUGUAAUACCCCAGGUUCCAAAUCUGCCUCGGCCUGCUGGUGCUGUCUGUCAUGAUGGUACAGUCCAGCGCCCUACGCGUUCGUCCUGUCCCUUCCCCUAGUUGCCCUUCACCGCCAACCGAUGCCUCCACCUACCGACGUGGCUGUAGAGCUCCCUACACCAACGGUGAGAAGUGCACCUACUACUGCCGCCGUGGGUACACCGCAGUCCCCAGUACCACCACCAGGACCUGCUCUAACGGGGUCUGGAGUGGGACCACCCUGGUCUGUAUAAAACCAUGUUCUUCACCGCCUUCCGUGCCCUACUCCAUCCGAAGCGGCUGUACAGCCCCCUUCACCAACGGCGAGACUUGCACCUACACGUGCCGUCAUGGUUACGCCCAAGUCUCCGGCAGUACCGAGAGGACAUGUGUUAGAGGGGUCUGGACAGGGACCAACCUGGUCUGCAGGAGAGGAUGUGUGAAUCCACCAACAGUGCCCGGCACUCUCAGGUUCGGUUGCAGCCCAGUUUACACCACUGAUGAAAGCUGCUACUACAAGUGCGCCAACAGCAGGAACGCCUACUGCAAGGAGGUGUCCGGGGACUACAUCAGGAGGUGCCUGUCUAACGGACACUGGUCGGGCAAUAACCUGGAGUGUGACUGUGUCGAUAAAGUUGGAUGUUGCCGGCCGGACAUCGUGUUCGUGCUGGACUACUCCGGCAGCAUCCCGGACUCGGAGUUCGUGAAGAUUAAGAACUUCGUCGCGGCGCUGGUCGAUCGGUUCCAGGUCGGUGUCCUGGACGCCCAGAUCGGCGUGAUCCGAUAUAGCAGCGCUGUCAUCCAUGAGUUCCACCUGAACACUCACGACAAUAAAGCAGACGUCCUGAGUGACGUGAAUGCCAUGCCCACAGCCACUACCGGCGGGACCAACACGGCAGCCGCGCUCACCUACGUCGCCAGCACCAUGCUGUUGCCAGGCAACGGGAACCGCCCUGACGCUCCCGAUGUCGUCAUCGUUCUGACUGACGGCUACUCUUCUUCAAGUGUGGCCGGACCAGCGGCGGUCCUGCAUGGCAUGGGCGUCCAGACGUUCGCCAUCGGCGUCGGGGCCUGUGCCAACAGUGCCCAGCUGACCCAGAUCGCCAGCUGCCCGGACUACAUCUACAGGCUGCCCGAUUUCAGCGCCUUAAAGAGCAUCACGGCAGGCAUGCACGAUCAGAUCUGCUGUCACAACCAGACUGGUAGGUGUACGUUUUAUCGCUCCACACCCAUUUUCCACCAGAAGCAGUGA